AUGCCUGCUGCUACGACAACCAAGGCGGCAGCAGCUGCCAAGCGGAAACGCAGCACCAAGACCGAUGCACCGCGAAAACGGUCACGGUCGGAAAACGGCAGCGACGACGAGAGCAGCGACAACGGCGAAACCGAUGUCCAAGAACGCAUUCUGCUGCUGGAAGGCCAAAUCGGCGAGUCCAAGAAGCACUACAACAAUAUUGUAGAGCUGCUUGAGAUUGCAAAGCAGAGGGGUGAGAAAGAUGAGGACAAUGAAGACAACGAUGAAGACGACGAAGACGACCAGGCAGAGGAGGAAGAGCAAAGUCCGGCCCUGGCGGCUGCCGUUGCACUUUGCCGCGUGUUCAUGCGUCUGCUGGCAGGGGGCAGCCUCAACCUGAACCGCAGCAUGUCCGACAAGGAGGUGGUUGUCGUUCGGUGGCUCAAGGACCGGCUGGCCGAGUACGAGGCGGUGUUGUUGGGCUUGUUGGGUGGCCGCUCCGGCGACGCGGCGUCGACGGCGCUCACGCUCUCCAUGCGUCUGCUGCAAGCCCAAGGCCAGUCACGACGGAAGAAGGCUGGCGGGCCCGGCGACGAGGAGACGUACGUCUUCCCGCAGCCGUUCCUGACGGCCAUUGUGCGCGGCCUCGUCCUGGCACCGGCCACGCUCGACGCUGCGACGGCGGAGAACCUGGCCGACGAGUUUGUCGAGACGUACGUCGGCGAGUACUGCGACGUGCAGUUCUACACGUUCAAGGCGGUGUCGGCCGUGCUCGCCGACAUGGGCCCCGACAGCCCCGAGCGCAACACGGCCGCACACGGCGCGUUCUACCUGCUCUCGCUGCUCGACGACGUGCCGGCCACGAGCGACGAGCUGGCGACGUUCUACAUCAACCCGCCGCCGCACAAGCGCAGCCAUGCGCUCUACUCGGUCGCCAAGCACCGCAAGCAGGCGCAGGACGCGUGGCUGGCGGUGCUCCAGACAGCCACGUCGGUCUCGUCAUCGACGGACGGCAAGACGCUCCGCAAGCGCGCGCUCGCCAUCUCGUCCACGGUGAUUGCGCCCUGGUUUGCGCAGCCCGAGAUGAUGCUCGACUUUUUGACCGACUGCUACGACGCCGGCGGCUCGACGUCGCUGCUCGCGCUCUCGGGCCUCUACUACCUGAUCCAGCAGCGCAACGUCGACUACCCGGCCUUUUUCCCCAAGCUCUACUCGCUACUCGACGCCGAGCUAAUGCACUCCAAGCACCGCGCGCGCUUCUUCCGCCUGCUCGACACCUUCUUGGCGUCCACGCACCUGCCCGUCCAGAUGGUCGCCAGCUUCAUCAAGCGUCUCGCCCGUCUGUGCCUGCACGCGCCGCCCAGCGCCAUCGUCAGCGUCGUGCCCUGGAUCUACAACAUGCUCAAGACGCACCCGCAGUGCACCUUUAUGAUCCACCGCGUGCCGCGCACCCCCGAGGCGCGCGCCCGGCUGGCCGACGAGGGCAUGGCCGACCCGUUCCGGCCGCUCGAGCGCGACCCCAUGGAGACGCGCGCCAUCGACAGCUGCCUCUGGGAGGUGGUCCAGCUGCAGAGCCACUACCACCCCAACGUGGCGACGAUUGCCAAGAUCCUGGCGGAGCCGUUUACCAAGCAGGCCUACAACGUCGAAGACUUUUUCGACCACUCGUACCAGAGCAUGCUCGAGGCCGAGUUUGGCAAGGCGGUCCGCAAGACGCCCGUGGUGGAGUUUCAGAUCCCCAAGUGCAUCUUUCUGCCGCACGACAGGCCGGCGCCAGAGGGUGCGGACAGCCAACCCGGCGUCGCAGAGGAUGCGCUGCUGGUGAAGCUGUGGGACUUUGCGUGA